UACUUCGAUAAGUCUACACUUCAAAGUUCCCGUUUAAAGGAACAUCCGCUGUUUUACUCCUGUUCCGUUCCAACAGCUUUUUUAAACACGGAAGAGUUUUUAUUAAUUUUACAGUAAAUCAUAAUUGAAUUAUUUACAGCCGAUAAAACCACUUAAAGUCCACAUUUCAUAACCCUGCUCCUGGCUGCUGAUGUCCACCUUCUCUUUAUCCCUUUGGAAUUCAAAGCAGCAAGAAAUUUGAAAACAGCUAGACUUAUACUUGGAAAGAAACCUGUAUGGUCUGGCCUUAACAGAGCUGAACAAGGACACUCAGCAGAAGAAAAUGAAAGGCCUGGAAUCUGAAUCCCGUGUCUAUAGUAUACUACGGAGAGUGUCUGGUGUGAUAGCCCACGCUCUCUGCCUGGUAUUCACUGUGUUCAUUGCUGUUUUGGCCCGACCUGGGACAAGUUUAUUUUCUUGGCAUCCAUUCCUAAUGACCCUCUCGUUUUCCUUGUUCAUGACUGAAGCUGUCCUCAUCUUCUCCCCUGAUAGUUCUCCAAUUCAGAAAUUUUCUCACAAGAUGAAGGGUCGUUACCACUGGAUUCUUCAGGCUCUGGCUGUCUCCUGUGGCUCACUGGGAUGGGCUGCUAUUUUCUACAACAAGCAACUAAACCAGAAGCCACAUUUUGCUACCUGGCAUGGCUUGAUUGGUUUGUUGACUAUCCUUUAUGCAGUAAUGCAGUCAUUGGGGGGAAUUUCCCUGUUGUACCCCAAACUGGCAGAUGGCUGGUCACUUGCCAAAUUAAAGCGUUACCACUCUACAUCUGGAUUGGUAUGCUACCUUUUAGGCUGUACCAGCUUGCUACUGGGUAUGUCAUCCCUUUGGUUCACAACUGCUGUACACAGCCUUGGCUGGUAUGCAGCCACACUGUGUCCGGUUCUCUGUGGUUUGGUUAUCAUGAAUCAAGUAAGUAGCAUUUAUGUGACAAGGAAGCAGACUCGGCCUUAAGGUAGAGAAAUUGACCAUCUGAUUUGUUUACUUAAAGCUGCCUUAUAUUUUCUUUUUUUAUGUAUCUAGAUGAACUCUUUUGUAGUUUUCACAGGACAACCUGCAGUGUUCUUCACUGUGGCCAUUGCUCAUUUGAGAAACUUUUCAUUUUAUUUAAAGUUUAAUAGUACAUAAUUCUUUGCAACUGCCCCUUUUUCAAUAUGUCAUUUAACUUCAUCACUGUUCUAAAUUAUGUAUUGCUUACUUCCAACACUGCCAGGAUUGUCUCCGAUUAAAAAAACAUAGGCUGAUGAUAAAAUUAAGUUGGAGAAGAAAAGAAAAGUAAAAAAUGAUUAAGUUUUGGAAAUUUUGAUUUUUGACAAGACAACAAAUCUUCCAAUUAAGGGAAGUUUGUGUGCUUCAUUCUUGUUUUCAUUUAUCUCUACCAGUGGGUCAAAGGAUCAAUAUUUCCUAUUUCAUUUGUCCUUAACUUUGUUAUACGUAACUAGACUUAAUAUGGACUCAAAUAUUGACUGUUUAGCUGCAGAGAGAUGGAUUUCAUUAUACCUCUCACAACAGUAAGGGAUUGUUUGUCUCUGUUUUCUAGGUAGAACUCUGAAAGACUAGACUUUUUGUCUAUUUUAAAUUAUUUAAAUUAAAUUUAAAUACAGCCCUGAACUAGUGCAGAUUCCUUAUUAAGAUAUGCUAUUUUACCAAAUGCAAUGAAAAUUAGACCCCACUUGGGUCUAUGAUGACUAUACACCUGCCAGAAGACACUGCACUAGAAUCAUUUCUUAUUUUCUAAAGUGUGUCCACUGGCUGGUUUGUUCUUGACUUGUGCCCUGUUCUAGAUGGGAUAGGCUCCAGCCCUAGCGAUCCUGGUCUGGAUUAAGGGAGUCAGAAAAUGACAUGGCAUAAGCACAUGUGACCACAUACAGUAAGCAAAUUAUGUAAUGCAAACUAAUGAAACUCCUCAUUUACCAAGACACCAUUUAUGUUGUAUGGUCUUACUUUGGCUUGUGUUCCCCUUGCUUUGUUCUAUUGCCAUGUUGGUUAUUUUUUCACCCUUUCUCAGAUAAGCAUCAGCAUGUGAAUUUCCCCUUGGGAUUAAUAAAGUAUCUAUCUAUCUAUCUAUCUAUCUAUCUAUCUAUCUAUCUAUCUAUCUAUCUAUCUAUCUAUCUAUCUAUCUAUCUAUCUAUCUAUCUAUCUAAAUAUUCAUGAACUGCUGCCCCUUAGUGGUAACAGAGCUGCCAUUCUCCAAUUGUAGUAGUUAACUGCACAACAAUUUCUUCCUCUAAAACUGAUGAUCAUUAAAUGUCUUUUCCAGAUUUGUGUAUUAUAUACAUUUUAUGAAUGACAAUAAACAAGUUUAUUUAAUACUUUUUAAAUGAAAUUUUAUCUACUAUUGUGAACUGUAACAUUCUGACCAUAAAUGAACUACAGAAAUUUGUUUUUACUAUAAAUUUUAGUUUUAAUGUUUAAUUCAGUAAAGCAAAUAAUCUUCGCCUGCCUUAAAUCUUAGAGGUGCCUGAGCAGAAGUCACAAAAUGGGGUUUAUUCAAGAAGGCACUCCAGGAAUGCAUACAGCUGGUCAGUGAAUUGAUAAAUUGUUAUAUCUUCGAAAAAAUAAAAA